AUGGCGCGCUGGGCCGUCGACAGCUCCGCGUGGCAUCCGAAGAAGCAGGACAAGUCCGCGGAGUUCCAGUUCCUCCUGGCGCUCAUCGGCGAGGAGAGCGAGCGCAAGGGCGUGACCCAGUACCUGCGCUGGGAGGACCGCGUGCGCGCGCUCAUGAGCCGGCUGCUCUCGCGGCGCUGCUCCGCGCUCGCGCUGGGACUGAAGCAGGCGGACGUGACCGUCGCGCGGACCAAGGGCCGCAAGCCCUACCUCUCCCAGCGGUCCCGGUCCCUGAGCUCGCUGGAUGUCGCCGAGGCGAAGCCGAAUUUCAACUUCAACGUGUCCCACGAGGGCCAGUACGUCGUCAUCGCGUCCGAGCCGUUCUGCGUCUGCGGCGUCGACGUCGCCGCGCCGGACCAGUUCCGCCGCUCCGGCGCGCCGGAGCAGGACGUCGAGAAGUUCUUCGGGACCAUGCGCGACAUCCUGUCGAAGAAGGAGUGGGCCUACGUGCGCCGGACGCCGGAGCCCGCGGCGAUGGCCGAGCGGUUCCGCUACUUCUGGUCCUGCAAGGAGGCCUUCACGAAGGCGCGCGGCGACGGCCUCGCCUUCGGCCUCGGCCGCGCGGAGUUCGACAUCCACCUGCGGCCGGGGCCGAAGCUCGCCUUCGACGCGACCGUCGCCGUCGACGGCAAGCGGCUCGACAACUGGCGCUUCGCGGGCGAGGAGCUCGACAACGGCCACAUCGUCACCGUCGCCCGGGGCCCGCCGGAGGACAUCAUCGACGCCCAGGGCGAGUUCAAGGCCACCAUCGGCCACCAGCGCGUCGACAAGGCGCACCUGGACGCGCCGAAGCCCGAGUUCGUGGUCCUCACGGUGCGCGACCUCGUGCCCCCGGACCGCCUCACGGACUACCUCGCGACGCUCAAGAAGUAG